AUGAUUUUGACCCCAGAGCCUUCGCGGAGCAAACCGAUCGAACAGAAACCCCGACCACCAUCGGUGGAUUUGAUGGGCUCUUGGGAUAACUUACAGACAGCUCCUUCAACCAAUGCAAAAGCCGUAACUGAAACUCCAGUCGAUUUGUUGGGACUUUCAGAUGUCAACAGCCGGGGGACUGGUUGGCCCGAACCCUCAGGGACGGCUCCACAAUCGCAGUGGCCCGGUUCCCAAAGCGCAACCGGUAUUUCUGUCGGUGGUAAAAGCCUUUUGGACAACGAUUUUGGUGAGUUCGUCACAGCCGAACAUGUGGCAUACGACCCUUCUCAGUCAUCAGCGAGUUUGGUCCAUCUUGCCGGAUUUGAUGCGCCAAAGCCAACCGCUGUUGGUGUGAGUGCAAUCCCACCCGUUUUGAUGACCCCAGCUAACCCGGUCCCUUUAUGGUCGAACGCUCCGAAUGGCCUUAAGCCCGGCAAUUUCAAUUUGACGCCUUCUCCCUCUGUUAACUUGUUUCCCAAUGGUCCCAAAACUGCCGUCACUUCAGCACCUGCCCCGAAGCCGACUACCAGUGUAACUCAGGCCAACGCUCCAGUCCAAGUUGGAAGCACAUGGAAAGAAAUAGAUGCUUUAGGUAUCAAUUUGGACACAUUGGCUCAACCUGACAAUUUGUCGCAACGCUCAGCACCCGGGCCGAGCUUGCGCGAGUUACAAGCACAACAGAAAUUCUCCUCGCCCUCGUCGAUAACUGUGGAUUCGAAAUCCGCGCACUCAUCUAUUUUCGCUUCCCCCCUAUCCAGUCCAAUGCAUGCAGUUCCGAAAGCUUCAACUACCGCUUUUCAACAAGGACCACUUAACCCAACAGCCCGCCCAACUGCACAAGGAGCUUCUCAAAAUUUGGUCGAUUUUAGCUUGUUUUAA